AUGUCCUAUUAUGAUGUGGAUUCCAUUCUCACAGAUGCGCAAAAACUACCCUGCACCUUCGAGCUUGAAGUGCCGGGGCUUGGCAUCCUAGAGGGCAAUCCUGGGGAAAAUAUAAAAGCAGGGACUCGAAUUGAUCUCCCGUUGUGGCUGGGCGUGAUGCUGUCUAUUGGGGCGCGCCUGGGGACUUCUCGGCUGGUCACAUUGGACCUUCCAUCAGCAUUAUCGGAUCGGGUUAUGAAUGCCCUCAAGGCGGAUCCGCGAUCUGUCGAUUUGCGGUCGUUGGCCCCGCACUUUUACAAUCUGAGCGAGCGAGUCCUUGACCUGUUUGAAGAGGAGGAAAUGGUGGAUGUUUUGGUCGAUACAUUCAAAAAGCGCGCAGCGGAGAUUGCGGAUCAUGCACAUAACCCCAAAGGCGCAUUAGGGGACGGUGCAGAUUUCCUUCGCGGUUUAGAUGAGACAGAGAGACGGUUGUUCCGUGUGGCUCAUGACAGCGCAAAAGAGACUCGGAUUUGGGCAGGGGAGGCUAAAAAGAGGUGA